AAAAGGUUAUGGUUCAUCGUCUCUGUUUCCCUUUCCCUUCCACCCCCUCCCAACACACAGAGAGCAAGGGAUGCCAUGACCAUGGGGAAGGGAAAGACUCUUGGUUGUUUUUUUUCCUGCUCCAGACUGGCCAGUGAGGUACUUGGCAGAUUGGGCGUGUAUGAAAGGCAUCCCAUGCGGAGAGUUUCCUGUUGAUCUGGGGAGAGCAUUUCCAGCCAUUAACCUGACACAACCUCCCAGAUGGAAGAAGAGGGAUUCUCAGUCUCAGAUCUUCAGGCCUUCAGGAAGCGAAAGCGGGGAUGAGGAGACACUUCAGCUGGACUGUUCUGAGAGCCCGGAGCUGCAGGGGCUGCUUAAGCCAGGCUUCGAUGAGGAGACAGCCCAAGACCUCAUCCAGAGUGCAGCCAGCAGCCCUGCUGUGGCACAGACGGAUGCCCCUCUCAAACCCCCCAGCCACGAAGGAGCCUUCCAAAAACAGCCAGUGGACUCUACAGCCCGCCGAACAUCCAGGGUCGAGCGCCCAACUAUCUGCCCAGAAUGCGGGAAGGGCUUCAGCCGGAGCAUCCACCUGAUCCAACACCAGCGCAUGCACACGGGAGAGAGACCCUUUCAGUGUCCAGACUGCGGGAAGGGCUUCAGCCAGAGCUCCCACCUGAUCCAACACCGGCGCGUGCACACAGGGCAGAAGCCCUACACGUGCCAUGAGUGUGGAAAGAGCUUCAGCCAGAGCUCAAACCUCAUCAAGCACCAGCGCAUCCACACGGGCCACAAGCCCUACGUAUGUGCUGACUGUGGGAAGAUCUUCAGUGACAGCUCCACCUGCAUCAAGCACCAGCGCAUGCACACAGGCGAAAAGCCCUACAAGUGCCCCCAGUGUGGCAGAAGCUUCAGCCAGCGCUCUCACCUCCUGCAGCACCAGCGCGUCCACAGCGGGGUCCGGCCCUAUGCCUGCCAUGAGUGCGGGAAGUGCUUUGGCCAAAGCUCGGACCUCAUCAACCACAUACGCACCCACACUGGGGAGAAGCCCUACACGUGCCCAGCCUGUGGCAAGGGCUUCAGUGGGAACUCCAACCUCCUGAAACACCAGCGCAUCCAUACAGGGGAGAAGCCAUACUGCUGCGCCCAGUGUGGAAAGUGCUUCCGCUUCCAACCUCAGCUCGUGCGUCACCAGAAACACCAUACUGCAUAGGGCCCAUUGACCCACCCAGGGAAGCGAGGGCGCAACCUGGAUAGGGAAAGCCAGCCGAGAAUGGCGGGGAGCCCUGGGAGAAGGGGGUUUUCUGUUUAAGCUGGCCUGGCCAGGGGGCACAGUUCACACUGUCACUUGGGGAAGGAGGAGAGAGGGAUGUACAUUGCUUGCAGCAGGACAGGGGACAGGGAAGGUGGAGCAUGAGAAUCAGUGCCUUUGACCUUUAAGGGUGACAAGAACCACCCUGAAAACUGCAGCUAAAACCAAAUCAUUGCCUGGUAAACUGAGCAGGCUUUGCCACUGCAGUAAGACCAUUUCCCAGUCAUGUAGCUCCUUGAAACACAAGCUCCUGUCUCUCCUGCUUUCUGGUUCUUACUGGGAGAGGGUGGGGGGGUUAGGUAUUAUCAUCUAUUGAUAUUUAUUGAUUCAACCAUAUGAUGCUGGCACUGGAUAUGCCUACAUUGCAGAGAGGGCAGCUCAUGUAGAUGCAUCUGAGCUGGUUUUAAGCUAUCUUGUUCAGGGACUGCUACUGUAGCUACAGUGUUUGAACAGGGCUCCGCACAGAAGUGGUUAUAAAGCUUCUCCAAGGGGUUUGCAGAUGAGGUUGCAGUCUGUGCUGCCAUACAUACAUUGCUAGCAGGACCCUGGCCAAUUUGGAAAUGUCUGUGUGAGCUGCAGUCAGUGCAGUGUAGAUGUCCCCAUUUGUGAUGGCCUGCAGUGGGGCCGUAUUCUUUUAAAUGUUUUUGCCAAAUAAAAGACCAUAAACUUAAUGUCUGUACAAAUGUGCUGUUGUCUGACAGUUUGAAUCAUGGAGAACAAUAAAGGCGAUUAACAUCCUGAUAGAAGUUUCUCUCAAUAAGUUUUUUCAGUUGCCUUUUGUGGGUGGAAAUUAAUGAACAUUUUGUAAAGGUGUUAACAGCAUGUAGGGUUUUUUUUAAACUGUUAUCUGCUAAUUGGCAAUUGAUGAAAGGUGAUAUUCAUUGGAAAAUGAGCUAUUGUCCAACUUCUAUGUUAAUAUUU